UUUCUGAACUUUUCCUCGAGUCCGGGCAGAUGGUUCUUUCCUCGGGCUCCACACCCAGUAUUUGCUCCUUGUGACUCCCCUAGGGCCCCGCAGGUUCCUCAGCACCGCCCCCCCUCUAAGCGGACAGGUGGUCGGCUCCGCUGUACCUGGGGCGCAGUCUCUCCUCUCAGCGGAGGUUUCGGCGGGAGGCGGCGGUCAUGGCGGAGCGGGGCUCCUGGCUCCCGGUCCUCCUGUGUGUCUGCGUCCUGGCAGGCAGCAGCAGCGGGAUGCAGGUGACGGUGAAGAAUCCCUUCAAUGUGAUCAUCUUAUUCCAGCCGGUCACGCUGCAGUGCAACUAUGAAACCAGCUCUCAGACGCCUCCUAUCGUCACCUGGAAGUUCAAGUCCUUCUGCAGGGAUCGCAUCGCGGACGCCUUUAACCCCUCCAGCGUUGACUCCACCACAAACAACCUGAUGCAGCAGGCUGGCUAUAACCCGUAUGUGGAGUGUCAGGACAGCGUCAGGACCGUGCGUACCGUGGCCACCAAGCAAGUCAACACCGUCACUCUGGGACCAUAUUAUCAGGGGCGGAAAAUCACCAUAAAUAACAACGCAGAUCUCACCUUCGAACAGACGGCUUGGGGAGAUAGCGGCGUUUACUACUGUACGGUCUUCUCCGCACAGGACCUGGGUGGAAACAAUGAGGCUUAUGCUGAGCUCUUGGUAUUGGGUAGAACAUCAGAGGGCUCUGAACUAUUACCAGACUUUCAGAUAGAUAACAUGGAAGACUGGCUAUUCGUCAUACUUGUCAUCCUCGCUGCAUUUUUUCUCUUCCUCUUGAUUGGAAUCUGCUGGUGCCAAUGCUGCCCACAUACCUGCUGCUGUUACGUACGCUGCCCGUGCUGCCCUGAGAAGUGCUGCUGCCCCAGAGCUUUGUACGAAGCCGGGAAAGCGGCCACCUCCGGAAUACCCAGCGUUUAUGCCCCCAGCAUCUACGCUCCCUCGAUGUACUCUCACCCAAGUCAGGCGAAGCUACCACCGCCAGGAUCUGUCGUAAAGAUGUACAACGGCUAUGAUUACGACGCUGCGAGCUCCGUGGGUGGACACAGCUCUCAGGUUCCUCUAAUUCGGGACGCCGAUGCACCAGCUUCUGUUCGCAGUGGCUACCGCAUACAAGCCAACCAGCAGGACGAUUCUAUGAGGGUCCUGUACUACAUGGAGAAAGAACUGGCCAACUUUGACCCAACCAGACCAGGACCACAAAACGGCAGAUUUGAGAAUGCUUCUGCGAUGAGUGAGGUCAGCUCGUUACACGAGGAAGAUCACAGGAACAACCUGCGCAGCGAUCUUGGUCGAUUGAGGAAUCAAGCCAUGACUCCUAUCCAGGACAUAGAGUUGGAUAGUCUCCAUGAAAGCAACUACAGACGUCCCCCGACACGGCCACAUGAUUACAAUGAUGACCGAUUUCCUUACGAGAGGAGAGCACGUGCUCUCUCUAUGGAUGACUUGGACGACCUGGACAGAAGAGAUCGGAACCGCGAUCCUCCUAACAGCCGAAGCCGAGGAAGACAUAACUCGGAUGAGGACAACAGCAGCAGAGGCUAUGGCAGAGGCCGAGACGGCCGUUCCCCUGACCCUCGUGAUGAUUAUUAUGGAGGUAAAAGGAGCAGGAGCAGAGACGACCUUCGGGACUACGACCGCUCCCGCCAGGAACCGGAGUAUGAUGAUCGAUUCCUGGAAGACGCCCUGAGACGGAAGCAGCAGCAGAGAGCAGGCAGCCGGGAUGGUUUAGAUAGUGUCACCAAUUCCUCUCGCUCAGAGGGCAGACGGAACCGCCGCCAUGAUGAUGAUGAUUUUCCACCACCGCCUCCUCCAUAUACAGAAACCGAAUCUGUGUCAUCAAGAGGGAAGAAGCUGAAAAAGAGCGAUGCUUUGAGUCGGGAGAGUCUCAUCGUUUGAAGCUCGAACUGAACGAGACCAAAAUCUCUUGUUUUUGAUAUAUUCGUUCUGUGCCGACGUGAGGGUUUAUGAUGUGGAUGGUUAGUUUUGGGUUUUUACAGUUUGUGUUUUUUUUUUUUCUUUUUAUUAUUCUUUUAAUUUAAUUUUGUUAAUACAAAAGCAAUAAGUUUUUACACUGUAAUAUAGAGAGUUUAUUGUACGAUUGUGCAGACAUUUUAUAUAGAGGAUGAAUUGUGUAACUUGAUAAACUGAUGAUCGCUCAGACUUUUUGGCCUUCACUAUCAGUUUGUAAAUUUCAUAAUUGUUUUUGUUUUUAAGCGAGAACUGAAGUAAGGGUGGGAAUGGGAGGGUGGGAAAUCUGAGUCCCCGGAGGCGCAGGAAAGGAGCCUGGGACCUUCAGCAGAGCUAAAUAGUGGAAAGAACAAGGCCCCGUUCAGGAGAGAGACUUGCAUAGUGGAAGGGGGCAGUUCCCACAGCAGCACAGAGCAUAUGAGGCUUAUUUCUUCCAUAAUGUGAAUGUAAUACAUAUUUAUGCUCUCCUAUUGUGUGUUUUUUUUGGAUACUGCUCUGGAUGUGAGCGGAGUAGAAUUCUUAUGGUUCCCAUAUUGUAACAUCUGUUUAUAUAGAAGGCCUGAUCCGAUCAGUUGUAGAAAAUAGGAACGCUGCAUUUUUUUAUUUUUUCCAUAAGGUACAGGUUUGGCCUCUUGACACGUAUACAGACAGAAAAUUCUCUAAGGCCACCUGCGCACGUUGCGGAUUGUGCACAUUUUUUUGGAGCAGCAUAAUACAGUACCAGCACUGUGUAGGACAGUGAUGGCUAACCUUGGCACUCCAGCUGUGGUGAAACUACGACUCCCAGCAUGCUCCAUUUAUUUCUAUAGAGUUAUGAGAGCAGCCAAGCAAGGGGGGCAUCUUGGGAGUUGUAGUUUUACCACAGCUGGAGGGCCGCAGGUUAGCCAUCACUGGUGUAGGAGAUUUCACAAGUCUCAUGCACACUUUGCUUUUCGUUCCGUGCAGAUCCGCUACGUGUAAAUUCUUUGUACAGUUCCUUAGUGCGGAUUUCACCCUUUUUAAUGCAAGGGAUCUGCAGCAAAACCGCAUCAAAUCCGCACCAAAAAACUGCAGCUGGCACUAUGUACGGAUAGCCUAGGACUCUCGCUACAGUGACCCCUUCAGACCUGUAAGCAAUCUGAGCGCCACUGUACAGAAUUGACUGUAUAUUAUGAUUUGUAAUGUAACUUCUCCUCCAGUCCGCUCCACUCCACGUGUCGUCCAUGGUCUUGUCACCUGUCCGAGGUAGCCAGUCACUGCUGGCCGUGGUGUGCAUGGUCAUGUGAUGUGCGGUCAUGGAACAUUUACACCUAACGAGCAAAAUAACAAAAAACAUUUCUGCUGUGAGCGAUUUUGUAGGAAACGUAAUAAAGUUUUGCAUUUUUGUACUAUUGA